AUGUCCGAUACCGCCCUCUUCCCCAUCAGCAGCGACCCCCUCCUCUCACGGCGAGCCCAAGACCAUGGACCAGGCGGCGCGAUAACGUCAGCCGGCUUCGAGACGGGGCUGCUGAGCAGCUACCCGUUGCUGUCAUCAUUUGAAUUAAUCCCAGCCUCGCCGCCCAUGUCGAUGGACCAACAGCAACAACAGCCGACAACAGUCACCCCUCCGCCGUCCUCAAGCAGUCCAGCGGCGGAGGGGGACAGGCCGCAGCAAACCUUCCUCAGCCUGCCGCUCCCACAUACACCGCCAAAGACCCCGCCACAGGUCCUCAUCAACCACCAGCUCCCGAUCGCCGUCCAUGUCCCGCAAGAACCGCCCGCGAAGAAGAAGCGCGCAAGCAAACCGAAAGUCAGAUCAGGCUGCAUCACCUGCAAGAUCCGCCGCGUCAAGUGCGACGAGGGCAAGCCGACCUGCACCCGCUGCGCCAAGGCGGACAUCAAGUGCGACGGCUACGUCAAGGACGCCGCAGAGCAGAAGCGCGCCCAGGAGCGGGACGCCGUCAUCCGCGCUGCGCAGCGGAACAAGGUCCUCCUCCCGCGGCCGGACCCUGCCGCUACUCCGAACCCGGGGCCGGUGCUCGUCCGGGCGAACCCCGUAGUGGUGCAGAUCGACACCGCCGACGUGAGCUACUACGACCUCUUCCGCCACCAGCUCGUCCGCGACCUGGCCGGGUCCACGCACUCCGACUUCUGGUCGCGCAUCGUCAUGGCCGAGAGCGCGCGCGACCCGUGCGUGAAGGAGUCGGUCCUCGCCAUCGGCGCGAUCGCGCAGACGCUGUUCUUCCGGACCGCGCGGGGCAACACGCUCGGCAGCACGCAGCCGCCCGGCUUGAAACCGUGGGGCGGCGGCGGCGGCGGCGCGGAGAUGCUGCAGGCGGGCGCGGCCGGGUUCCUCGACCACCACCACAAGGCGGCGCUGCAGCACCAUCUGCGCGCGGUGUCGGUGUACAGGCAGCGGAUCCAGAUGGGCACGGCGGGGUCGUCGCCGCGGUCGGUGAUCAUCAUGACGCUGCUGCUGAUCGCGUUCGAGUUUAUUCAAGGGAACAUGAAGAGCGUCGACUCGCUGAUGGGCACGGGGAUGCGGCUGAUCGAGGACGCGAGCACGCUGAUGAGGAGGAGGUCUUCGUCACGGGACAGCGAGGAACCACAGGUGAGGGUGGCAGCCCCGCCGCGCGAGGACGAGAUGGACGACAUCGAGCACCUGCUCCCCUGCCUCUCCCUCAUGUCAGGCUUCACGCACUUCUUCAACUCGCACCGCGCGACCAUCUCGCGCAUGAACAGCACGCCCGCCCCGGAACUGCCGCGGCCGGGGGUUACCCCCGUGGCCAAGAUGCAGGUCCUUUGGGGCAAGUUCUUCACGCGCGCGGUGGCGUACACGAUGCGCUGGAUGCAUACGCAGAUGAAGCACCUCCCGCCGCCGGCGGACGCGGCCCGCGAGCGCGGCGAGUUCUUGGUGUACCUGCGGCUGUGGCAGUCUGUCCUGGAGACGUACCUCGCCGACCCGGGAUUGGAGGCGCAGACGCGGCGCGCGCUGGAGAUGAUCAGGAUACACCGGCUGAUCAUGUAUGUGCUGGUGAGCGCGAGUCUGGAUAGCAGCGACAUGGCGUUCGACGCGCACGAGGAGGACUUCCGCGAGAUGCUGCGGCUGACGCUGCGCUUCAUGCGCGCCGACACCCCCGAGGAGCAGUUCCCGCUCUCGCGCAUCGCGUUCACUUUCGCCGAGGGCCUGACGACCCCUCUAACCACCAUCAUCGCCAAGUGCCGCAACCAUGACUUGAGAAUGCAGGCGGCGGGUUUGAUGCGCGCGCUGUCGUGGCGCGACGGGGCGUGGGAUGGGAAGGCGCUGGCGGUGGGCAAGCUGGGCGUGGUGAUGCUGGAGGAGCGCGGGAUGGAUAUGGAGGGGCGGAUUCCGGCGGCGGCGCGGUGGGUGUGGACGGAUGCGAAAUGGGAUCUGGAGAGGAGGGAGGUGGUGGCGACGUAUGUGAGGCUGGCGCCGGGGGAGGGCGGGCAGGCUGUGAAUGCGCAUUUGGUGCUGGAUAUUGAUAAUCCGCCUGAUGCGUGUGGGUUGGUUGGGUGCGGUGGGGGGCAUGAUCCGUUUGAGGAUCUUGGGAUGGGGAUGGAGUUGUAA